UCGUUCCGUCUGUGGCGGUGGCGGCAGAGGCGGCGGUGCUGCCUUUUUCCCCGUGUUCGUCUCCGAACCUGUGGGCGUCGAGCUCCUGCUCCCAUUUGCCCCACGGACGACCACGGAAGCCCCAGCGGCCUCCCCGAGCACCGGGCCGGCCCUCAGAAGUCAGCCAUGUCCUCAGAGUCAAGCAAAAAGCGGAAACCCAAAGUGAUCCGAAGUGAUGGAGCCCCACCUGAGGGAAAGCGGAAUCGGAGCGAGCUAGACUUGGACAUGAAGUACUACAGCGAGGAGACUGAGGUGGACAUUCGAGACCCCAACAAGGACUAUGACCUCUACAGGUUCACCUGCCAUGAACUCCAGCGACUCAUGGCUGAAAUUCAAGAGCUCAAGAGCAGAGGCAGCCGAGACAGUGCUUCUGAAAUUGAAGAGAGGAGGAUCCAGAGUUGUGUUCACUUCAUGACCCUGAAGAAGCUGAACCGGCUGGCUCACAUCAGACUGAAGAAGGGGCGCGAUCAGACUCAUGAGGCUAAGCAGAAGGUGGAUGCUUAUCACCUGCAACUCCAGAACCUGCUCUAUGAGGUGAUGCACCUGCAGAAAGAGAUCACCAAAUGCCUUGAGUUUAAGUCAAAGCAUGAAGAAAUUGAGCUGGUGAGUAUGGAGGAAUUUUAUCGGGAGGCCCCUCCCGAGAUCAGCAAGUGUGACAUCACCAUGGGGGACCCUCACCAGCAGACCCUCGCUCGCCUUGACUGGGAGCUGGAGCAGCGGAAGAGGUUGGCAGAAAAGUACAAAGAGUGUCUAGCCAGCAAAGAGAAAAUCCUGAAGGAGAUCGAAGUCAAGAAGGAAUACCUGAGCAGCCUUCAGCCUCGGCUGAACAGCAUCAUGCAGGCCUCCCUCCCGGUGCAGGAGUAUCUCUUUAUGCCGUUUGACCAGGCUCACAAGCAGUACGAGACCGCCCGUCACCUUCCCCCGCCCCUCUACGUACUCUUCGUCCAGGCCAGUGCUUAUGGGCAGGCCUGCGCUUACAUGAAACCUUCCUCCCAGCCCCCUAGGCAGGAUAAAACCUUGUCUGUGGCCAUAGAGGGCAGUGUGGAAGAAGCGAAGGCUCUGUACAAACCGCCCGAGGAUUCUCAAGAUGACGAGAGCGACUCGGAUGCUGAGGAGGAGCAGACCACAAAGCGCCGACGCCCCACCCUGGGUGUUCAGCUGGACGACAAGCGGAAGGAGAUGCUCAAGAGACACCCACUGUCUGUCAUGCUCGACCUCAAGUGCAGAGAUGACAGUGUGCUCCAUCUGACUUUUUACUACCUCAUGAACCUCAACAUCAUGACUGUGAAGGCCAGAGUGAGCACCGCGACAGAGAUCGUCAUGCCAAUCAGCGCAGGUGACCUGCUAUCUCCUGACAUGAUCUUAAGCUGCCUAUAUCCUGGGGACCACGGCAAGAAGACCCCCAACCCAGCCAACCGGUACCAGUUUGAUAAAGUCGGGAUCUUGAGCCUCAGCGACUAUGUGCUUGAACUGGGGCACCCCUAUUUGUGGGUGCAGAAGCUGGGGGGCCUGCACUUCCCCAAAGAGCAGCCGCAGCACGCAGUGACCGCAGACAACUCACUAAGCGCCAGCCACAUGGAGACAACCAUGAAGCUGCUGAGGACCCGCCUGCAGGCCCGCUUGGCUCUCACCAAACAGUUUGCUUCGUUGGAGCAUGGCAUUGUGCCAGUCACCAGUGAGUGCCAGAGCCUUUUCCCUGCAAAGAUCGUGUCCCGCCUUGUGAAGUGGGUGGCAAUUCCCUAUGAGGACUACCUGGAUCUGCCGUACACACGUGACAUUGUGGAGGCUGGGCUGGCUGAGGACACGCACCUGUACUACAUGGCGCUCAUCGAGAGAGGGACAGCCAAGCUUCAGGCAGCUGUGGUGCUAAACCCAGCCUACUCCUCCAUCCCACCUAUUUUCCGACUCUGUCUGAACUGGAAAGGAGAGAAGACCAGCAGCAACGAUGAUAACAUUCGGGCCAUGGAAAGUGAGGUCAGCGUGUGCUACCGGGAGCUCUAUGGCUCCAAGCCUGGCCACCAGCUCCUGACCAAUCAGCUGCAGCGCUUGUGCGUCGUGCUAGAUGUCUACCUGGAGACAGAGAGCCACGACACCAGUGUGGAAGGACCCAAGGAAUUUCCCCAGGAGAAAAUGUGUCUUCGGCUGGUCAGGUCCUGUCCACAGACCAUGCUCUUUCCUGAAGAGUAGAUUUCAGAUCCUUUGAGAAGAAUUUUCUGCUUUCUGUAAUUCUGUGCAGAAACAGGCAGGAGCAGUCAUAAGGAAGGAGAAGCUUAGAAACCCAUUUCCAUCCAUUCAUUGCCUCAUUCUACUACUCCCCACAUCCCGCCCUCCCCACUUUAGUCCGCAGACAGAAGAGGCUCAGCAGAAAUCUGCCUCCUCUCUGACAUCUUCCAGAAGGGCCCCCGGUGUCCGGCUCUGCCAGGCAGAGGACAAGGCUUAUGUCCUCCUGGGCUGUUUGGGCCUCCUUCUUGCUCUGCUCUGUCCCAUGUCUAUCUGUCUCUCUCUAGUCUCUGUCUCUCUCUUCCCCCCUCACUUCCUCUCUCCUUCCCCCUCUCCCUCCUUCUCCCCUCUCCUUGCAGCCCUUCAUUCACAGCCUGUCUUCACAGUCCCAGCUCCGGCCCAGCAUGUAUCCACUUCCCAUGUUCUAAACAGUCUCCUGAAGGACCCCUUCCCCAGCAGGGCCUCUGUCAUGCAAGUUGGGUGUUUCUGGGCAAGGCUGAUGAGCACAGGCUUUCUGGAUAGGUGACUCAGAUCUAGUGAACCAGGGGCUGAGGGCAUGAAACCACCCGGAGGAUCGGGUUUCUGUCUAAAAUCGCCUGGAAACUAGAUUGUUGCUGACAGCUGGAAUUGGAGCUGGGACCAGUGAGGGGGCAGACCCAGAUCUGAGAGUCAGGAGACUUGGGUGUUGGUUCUGCUGCCCCUGACAGCCCCUGUGACACCGGGCAGAUCACUGAACUGAGAAAGCUGGGCCAGCCCUAGGUCCUCUCCAGCAGUCUGUGAUCCCCAUGGCUGUCCUCCUCUCCCCUCCCCAUCCCAUCCCUGGCAUGGCUUCUUCAGGAGUAGUGAAGAGGCCUUGUAGGCCCACUGAGGCAGGCCUCCACAAGGAGGGGCCCCGUCUUCUCUGGAAGAAAACCAUUUCUGAAAUGUGAUUUCAGUUUAUGUCCCUAACCUCUUGACCGCGCACAUUCCAUAAAGAAGCGACUGGCAGAGAACCCGCCUCGGACCCCUGCGCUCUGCCCAGGCCUCUGACCCCUGCAGUCCUGUUGGAGCUCUCAGAGCAGCUGCCUACCUCU